UCAGCAUGCUGUUCUUCGCCGUGUCCUUCGCCGUGUCCUUCGUGAUGAUGGAGCUCGCCUAUGGCGCCCUGCAGAAGACCCCUACAUACCAACGCCGAGACCCGCCGUCGGGGGAGCAGCUAACGUGCGCCAUGUGCCCGCCUGGCACACACAUGGCGGCGCACUGUACCGCGACCACGCCCACCACGUGCGCCCCGUGCCCCGCCAAUCACUUCACAGAUCUGUGGAACUACAUGCCGAAGUGUCUGUACUGCAACCUGCUGUGUGGGGAAGACGAGGAGGCGGAGAGGGAGUGCUCCCCGCGGCACAACAUGGUUUGUCGGUGUAAACCGGGAUACUACAGCAACGCUGGGAUUUGUUUCAAACACUCCAGAUGUGGGCGUGGCUACGGGGUGAAGACCAAUGGUACAUCUCAGAUGAACACGGUGUGUGAAGAGUGUCCAGAUGGCUAUUUCUCCAACUCUUCCUCGGUGCUGAAGCCGUGUGUUAAACACCGCAGCUGCACCUCCACCGGACAGAGGCCCCUACUAUCAGGCUCCGCGUACCAUGACACUGUGUGUGGCACCUGUCAGCAGCUGCAAGAUGGAGACAAGAUGAACAUCCUCCGAGAAUUCGUCCCAUGCCUCUUUGACUUUACCAGGCCACGUGUGUCGAAAAUAAGGAGAUUUGUCACCAGAUACACCAAAAGGAAAGAGAAUAGAAGGCUCCUAGGUGAGGUGAUUCCUGCGAAAGGGAGAGGAUGUCUGCUGGGUCAUAUCAGAGCCUGGCUGGCCAAAGCCUCAAAGGAUCAGUUGCAGAGCCUGCCGCAGAUGCUGAGGGCUUGUCAACUUAGCGCUCUUGCAGAAAAACUAGAAAAAAAACUUAUGGAGCAUACGCAAGUGGUCCAAGAUUGUCACAAAAACAACUGAUGUAUGUUAAAAAGUGGGUUAUCAAAGAUAGAGAGAAACAUUUCUUUAUCAUAAUUUAGUUCAACACUUAUUAAAAGCAAUUUUUUUUGCAUCUUUGUAAGGCCAUAGUUGCCAAAGACUGAAUGUACAAAUAUUUAUGUUAAAUAUAAAGGUAACACACGUGAGUAGAUUUUUGACCACAUCUUAAUUUUGUUAGCUGAUUUUGGGAUCAUUUUCUAUAUUUAUUGUCUCCGGUAUCGAGCAAACAUACCGACAUUUUGUAAAUCGGUGCAAUGUCUAUGGAAAUACAAGUAAUUAUAUUAAUGGCAAGGAUGAG